GGUAUGGAGAGUGUGGGCUCAGCCUAGGGUGGGUGUAGGACAACCAUGGUGUUGGGUUGGGUUCUAAGACAGGAAAAUGGAGAAGUUUCAACCCAAUUAAUGUCACCACACUUGGGCUUUAUUCCCCUGAUCUGUCUUUCCCUUGGCGGGCUACGGAGAGUCUUCGGGCAUGCUCCCGGAUAUAUAUCACUUUAUGACUCUCGGAUCGGAAAGUCGCGGAAAAAGUGGCUAAGGCGUCAAGCUACGGACGUUAAAGAAGCACUUAACGGGAGGCAACCCGUCAUUCAAAUAAUUAAAUUAUUCAAUAAUUUUAUUUGUUAUUUUUGAGUUUCUAGUUGCCACACCAGUUUUGGGGGCAAGAAUUUAUGUGUUUGUUUAUGAGUGUGCAGAUGCCUCAUCGUCCUUCUUACCCUACUGUGGACCGUAAUGAGGUCCAACUGAUUGAUGGUGCUUCUAGGACGAGGUUCGAUGAGUGGGGACACUCAUGGGUGCUACACGAGUCUAUGUGUCUAGCUCAAGACACACUGACGGACUAUGGCUAUGCAGAGGAGAUGGAGGAGCUACUUGAGGGGACCAGAUGGCAGCGCCUGCUUCAGAUGAGGGCAGAGUCUAGCCUACCACUGACCAUCGAGUUCUUAUGCUCGAUAUCUGCUGUUCCGGAGAUUGAGUCACGAUAGAUGACUCAUAGUUUGAUCACUGCUGAUACCACAUUUGCCUUCACUCUUGCGGGCCAGUCGUUUCAGUUGACA